AUCGUAGAGGAGACUGCAGAUCACCCUCGAAAGCCUUCGAUAAAACACAAAGAUAAUGCAGAUCAUAGUAGAGGGGAACUCUUAUCUGAGAAGAUCAAUCAGACACCUGGGAUAUGGUAGUGAAUCUGGAACUCAACCAGAAACUUUCUCUCUCUCUCUCGUGAGAGGAAGAUGGAUAGCAUAUUAGCAUUCCGUUCCAUUCGCUUGGAUUAGAUCACGCCGAUUAGCAGCAAAUUAAGUAGACAAAUCUCUUUCCAACCUACUCCGUACGUGUUUGACUUUCGCGCAGCGCCACCACCACCACCACCCGGCCGCCUAUAUAUGCCGCCAAACCAGACGGCCACCACCCCAAAGCAGUAAACUCCGCUACAGCACGCACCACACACACCACCCAAACCGCCAAGAAACGCAGUAGAUCGCCGGAGAUGGGCGCGAGCCUCCUGCAGGCGGUGGCGGCGCUGAUGAGCACGUGCACGCGCCGGCUGCAGCGGGCGGCGAGGAGGAUGGGCGGCAAGCCGGGCGCCGUGGCGCCGUGGAGGAAGGCCUUCUCGCUGCCGACGGGCAAGGGGAAGGCGGCGGCGGAGGAGGAGGAGGGCGGGCUGUGGAGGAAGGAGAUACUCAUGGGGGAGCGGUGCCAGCCGCUGGAGUUCUCCGGUGUCAUCUACUACGACGCCGACGGGCACCGCCUCACGCAGCCGCCCCGGUCGCCCAUGCGCAGCCCGCUCCCGGCGUCCUUCAAGCUCGCCGCCAACGCCGGCGUCUACUAGCUGGCGUCCAUGCGGAGACGGUCGUCCUCCUCGUCUAGGCUAUAGUCCUCUUCCUCCCUUGGGCCACGGCCUGAGCCGAGCGGAGCGAAAAGAUGGCUAAAGCUUGCUCUGUUUUUUGUCCGGUGAGAGAGGCAGAGCGCGUGCGUGGCCGAGUAUUCGUGUAUAUGUUGGUUUUUCUUUAGUGCUCUGUUUACUUCUUUGGGUUUUUUUUUUCUGUUUUAAUGCUAUUGUAUGGUAGGAAUUGUGAAACUUUUCUGCAAAACUUGGUGGUGUGUAUGCAAUUUUUCUUUGAUGGAGCCUGCUUGUGGGAGUUGAUCAUCUAGGGAAAUUAUUCCAUGGAGGAUUUUUUUUCUUCUUCUUCUGACCACCUUUGGAAAUCCACAUAAUUAUAUUUUCUUUGAUUUAGGCC